CUCUGCUUCAUGGAUAUGGCCACCCAGCUGCUCCAUCCAUCCUAUCCGCAGACCACGUGACCCACUUCUCCCAUGUCCUUCACUAGUUCAUUCAGCAUGAUGGCUGCGGAUGCUGCGGAUGCUCUCUGCUGCAUCCUGCAUCCGCGCCGGCUCUCUCUCCUCCUCCUCACUGUCACCCUCUCAUCUCUGCCGGACCCAACAGCAGCGCUGCUCGGCGUCCGGCCGGAGGAUACUGAUAGAGGAGAGCUGUCCGUACAGGGUGGGAUACUAAGGGCGACCGAGGGGACCCGCUUCAUGCUGAGGGUUUACUACACUGCAGCUCUUGCCGCGGAGCAUCCCAACAGUCCAAACAUCAGCGGCAGACCUGAUGCUGCUUCUGUGGCUCCGUGGAUAGCGUUUAUUGAGGAACCAGGCAAUGACAGUGGGGAUUCGGAGAGGCGACUCCAGUCCAGAGGGAAUCCGUGUGACGAGGAAAAUGCUCGGAGCUCGGACAUCGAGCUUCUGGGCUCCUUCAGAUCCACCUCAAGUCAGAACUCAGUUUUGGUGGAGCUGCUCGCGAAGGACCUUCGCAGAGGAGAGGCGAUCAAAUACUACUCCAUGUGCGCAUUCGAUGGAGUGAAAUGGGAGCAUUUCAGCACCAAAGACUUUUGGUUGGCGGUGGUGGAGAGACCUCAAGAGGCGGAUGUUUGGCUCCAGACGGGGGUCUCCGUGCUGCUGUUGGCGCUGUCUGCGCUUUGCAGCGGGCUGAACAUCAGCAUGCUGGCUCUGGACCCCGUGGAGCUUCGGGUCCUGCAGAACAGCGGCACGGAGAAGGAGCAGAAAUACGCACGGAAUAUAGAGUCUGUGCGUAAACAUGGAAACUACAUCCUCUGCACGGUAGUGCUGGGCAACGUGCUUACAAACACAUGCUUUGUGGUGUGGAUGUGCCAGAUUUUAGGAAUGACUGCACUUUCAACUGCCUCAUGCACUUUUGGGAUAUUCUUUAUUGGAGAGAUUUUACCUCACUCCGUGGCGUCCAGGCACAGCCUCGCCAUCGCGUCCAAGACGCUCUGCGCCACCCGCCUCCUUAUGCUGGUCUUCUUCCCCAUCGCCUACCCCGUCUCAAAGAUCCUGGAUUUCUUACUGCACCAGGAGAUCAGCAGCUUCUACACCAGGGAGAAGUUGGUGGCCAUGCUGCGCGUCACAGACCCGUACCACGACCUGGUCAAAGAGGAGCUCAACAUCAUCCAAGGAGCGCUGGAGCUGCGAACUAAAACCGUGGAGGACGUGCUGACCCCACUGUCAGACUGCUACAUGCUCUCCUCAGACGCAGCGCUGGACUUCUGCACCAUGUCAGACGUGAUGCAGAGCGGGUUCACGAGGAUCCCGGUCUACGAGAACGACAGGUCCAACAUCGUGGACAUCCUGUUUGUGAAAGACUUGGCCUUCGUGGAUCCUGACGACUGCACUCCUCUGAAAACAAUCACUCAGUUUUACAAGCAUCCAAUGCACUGCGUGUUCAAUGACACCAAGCUGGAUGUGAUGCUGGAGGAGUUUAAGAGAGGUAAGUCCCACCUGGCCGUGGUGCAGAGGGUGAACAGCGAGGGGGAGGGAGAUCCUUUCUAUGAGGUGAUGGGCAUUGUCACCCUUGAGGACGUCAUAGAGGAGAUCAUCAAGUCUGAGAUCGUGGACGAGACAGACCUGUACACUGAUAAUCGAACCAAAAGGCGAGUAUCACACCACGAGAGGAAGCAGCAGGAUUUCUCCAUCUUCAAACUUGCGGAAAACGAGCUGAAGGUUAAGAUCUCACCCCAGUUGUUGCUGGCAACACACCGCUUCUUGGCUACAGAGGUGGAGCCUUUCAGACCCUGUCACCUGUCAGAGAAGAUCCUGCUGCGUCUCAUCAAACAUCCCAGCGUUGUGCAAGAACUCAAAUUCAAUCCGAAGAACAAACACGCUCCUCAACACUACCUCUUCCAGAGAAACAAACCUGUCGACUACUUUGUCCUCAUCCUGCAGGGCCGGGUGGAGGUUGAGAUAGGAAAGGAGGCUCUGCGCUUUGAGAAUGGAGCAUUUUCCUACUAUGGCAUGCCAGCACUCAUCCCCCCCCUGCCUAUCGGUCAGAGGUAUAGUUCCCGAGGUAGCGGUCUAAACCAAUCAGAUUCCUUACUGAGUGGAGGCAGUGUGGGUCAGCUCACUGCAGGAGGAGGGGCUUACUUACCCGACUACUCUGUGCGCCAGCUCACAGACCUGCAGAUCAUCAAGAUAACUAGAAACCACUACCAGAAUGCCCUCACAGCCAGCAGGAUGGACAGCUUCCCACAGACUCCAGACUCAUUGGAUCUUAAAGAAAGGCCUCCGAUCCCAGAGGCCCGCUCGCACAGCAUCGCCCUCCCCCUCACGCACACACACACUCGACUGGGGCUGGCACGCCUUGCACAUCUGCAUCCCCAUGGUGGCCUUCGCAACAUGUCCCAGCUCAAUGAGAGAAACCGAAUCGUUCGCAGUAAAUCUGACGGGCAGAGGAGUCCCAAUGAUACUGUGUUCCUCCGCAUGGAUGAGAUUCCCUACAUCCACGAGGACCGACCAGACAUUUAUGGAGAGAAUGAUGUGCCUAUAGAGUCUCUGCCGUCCACCUCCCCGUUCAUCAGCUCCCGCUCUCUGUCCAGCUCUGAGGAGAACAUUGGAAAGAAGCUGCUGCGUAAACUGAGCAACAAGAGGCGGAAAAAGUCUCGAGAUGAGGAAAAAAGUUUGGAGGAACGUUCGGAGGGAAGUUCAGAGCAAUUACCAGCCGCAAGCUAGCACUGUCAGACUGAGGAGGAGGGAUGAAGCACACACCUUCUUCCUCUUCAUCAUUCACAGGUUUCACCCCUUAACAACAAUCAACCCUUCAUAAACUCUCUCCACGCUUCAACCGUGACUCUCACAGGAGACUGAGCCAUCAUACCUGCUGUACUCUCUGUCCCACCUCUGCCUGACUUCACACCCUUAAAGUGACGUAACAAUAGGGACGGAUCUUAUAAAAACUUGAUUGGACAAAUCUAGACAACGUAGUUUUGGAUUUAUCCAGCCUUACACUGGACUGUGUGGACCUCACAUGUUUUGAAUUAGCAUGUGUUAGCUUUUCAUGGUAGCCUUUAGCCAUAUUGCUAACAUUGAAGCAUGUCAUUUUAGCCAUAAUGUGUUAACGCAGCAUAGCGAUCAUGUCUGAGCCAUUUUUCACCUUUUACUUGGAUUCAACUAUAAAAAGAGUAUUUAUUAUUUACUUGUGAAGACGAGGCCGUUCCAACACAAUGAUAAUGUGUUUUGCACAGGGAACUGUGUUCAUGUUGCCAUAAGGGUGCCACUUACUGCCAAACACAACUCAACACACUAGCCAUCAGCCAACACAAGGGGUGCACCGAUUGAGGAAAUCUGAUACUUCAAAAUAGUAUCAGAUUAAUAAAUAUUAGAUAAAUAGAAAAUACUGAUUCCAAUGUUCCUAACAACAGUGUUGCCGAUAGUCGAUUCAAAUACCAAUGUUUUUAAGAUAUUUGUUGUUGCAUAUUUAAUUCAAUCGUAAAAACAAUUGCUUUAAAAGCUUCCUCAGCCUGCUUUACAAUCACAAACUCAGCAAUUUUUAGAGAUUACACAGCCCAACAAAUCUCCCAAAAAAAGAAAGGAAUGUAAUUUAACACAGAAUUUCAUCCUGCUUUUCUAUAACAGUGAAUAGUUUCACCAAUCAAACAUCUUUGAUUGCCUUGUAACAUGUAUAAAGAGGUUGUUUUCAGCAGCAUGCUGUGUAUGACUUCACCCGUCACCUACCCUACAGCAAGUUUCAGGCUUUCAAAAUGAUAAUAAUGUAGAAAUAAUCAAUCUUGAAGGAGAAUAAAAACUCUCUGUUUUAAGAGUUCAAAUACAGACAUCAGUAUUAACUUCAGUGUGUUCACAGGAACUUUAAAUUGAAACGAGACAACAGAUACACAUCUGUACUGGAAUCAGUAUGCUUCAUUAUUUUCCAAUAGGUUGAUAUCUCUCAAAGGGGUAAAGUGAAACAUCGAUGCAUCCCUAGCUGAGACUAAAAGCCACCAGAGAAGAGCACAGUUUUUACAUCAGAUUGAAAAGAAGACAAUUAUGAAAAGCCAUAACAUUCAUUCUCAGCUUGAUUCACUAGUUACUGUGAAAACUUACCUCUACAAGUUCAGAGAGGUGUGCACAAUUUUACAAGUACCUAUGCUAGAAUGAAUGACAAUUUCUUACCUGGUUUUUAUACGGAAGUGAUAGAGUUAACUAAAGUAAUAUGAAGAAGCAAUAUAAGUCAUCCUACAUGAUGUUAAUGGCUUGAAUUUAUCACUACAUACAUGCAUGGGGACUGAAUCCUCCCCGUCUUUCCAUGAAAACAUUUCUUCCUUGUACUGUAGCUAUAAAAACAUAACUUUUUUACCUUUUAGAAAAUGAUCAUAAAACCAUACCAACAUCAUACAACCAGUGAACAUUUAAGCCUUUUCUAUGUACAGUUCAUCUCUCACAGGUUUAGUCACUUAAGCUGCACACACCAAACCUAAAUAAGCUAGGGGUUAUAUGUAGGGGGACUUGGGUUGGAAAUGGAUAUUAUGAGUAUUCUCCAGGAAAAGUAGUUGCUACUUGCAUGUUUGUUUAUGCUGCUAUCGAUGUAGAAUUGUCCCCUGUAGAAAUCCCUGUUUCUCCAUAUGCAUGCUUACGCAAAACGAUGCAUGAAUAGGACGAUACCAGUCUGCAGAGGUGCAACGUGUAGCAUCUGAAACAAUUUAAAAUGAACCUUACAGAGACAGCAUCCUAAAAUGUUAGCAUCCAAAGCUAAGAAUCAAGUGAAAAGUACAAAAAAAAUAAGAAAAAAAACACUCUAAAGACAGUUUUCAUGUUUUAAACUGUGUGUAUUGAAGCACACGGAGAAUUUGGAACAAUUAAAAAAUCACUGUAUCUAAAAAAAAAAAGAAAAGAAGUGGGUUGGAGGAUGCUAUAGCUGCUGCUCACUGAAAAAGGAGUUAAAGCCAUUCUCCAAACAAAUCUUAUAGAGAAGCAAUAAAUAAUCAAACGUUCUUUUAAAAUGUAAGUCCAGCUCAGGUUGGAUUCAGCCGAUCUGCACUGGGAGAUGUUGACAGUUGUAGGAAAGAAGAGAUAUGCGAAAGAGGAAAGCAAUAUGACGCACACUGACGUCAAGACACCACCUCUCUUCAAACACACGCAUACACACUGGUGGUGUGUGGGGACACUCACUGAUAUGAUUCAUUCUGCUUGCUAAGGCUAUGGGAGUACAAAGGAUACUGCACUGCUGAGCUCUUCACAUUGACCCCUGUACGGACACAGAACAUGCAGCGGGAAGUCUUUUGAUCUGACAAAUGAGUGCAAGCACGCUCUCAGUUUUUGCAGUUGGUUAACACUGGUUUAUAAAUAUUUGUAGAGAUUAUUAUAUGAACUGUUGUGGAUAAAAAGGCAAAGUUGCAUUUUGUAGUUUAAUAUUCAGAUGAUUACAAAAGGUACCCAAAGAUAUAAAGAGAUAGAUCAUGUGUUCCACACAAGGGAUGAUGAAAUUAUGAAUAAAGGGAAUCAACAAUA